GUUGAUCACGCCGCCGUCCUUUCGCGGAUGCGACGAGGAAGGGUGUUGUAAGCAAGACUCGCUUGCUAAAUUCAAAUACACGUCUUUGUGCUGCAGCACAUGGGCGCCAACAAGAAGAGCGCCUUUGGUCCUCCUCCAUCUCCAUCGCAGAUCAACGAGAGUGGGAACCAUCAGAGACGGUUGCGCGCCUGGUUGGAGCGAGAAUUUCAAGCUCUGCCGAUGACGGGUCUCAGCUUUGGCUCUGGUCGCGGGUCCAAAUCGCUUCACUCGGCCCCUUCAGCAAGUCUGGAUCGAGGUACUACAAGUGCAGAUCAUUCAUUCUUGUGCACGUACACUCUCGCCAUUCUUUGCUCCGUACCGGCAAAGUCGGACGAGGCGAUCAGGCUGUUGAGCGAGUUUUUGGGCAUGCAGAGGGCACAGCAUUUCCUUCAUGAGACCAACGCAUUUAUGAGAUCGGCCAGGGAUGUCGCCAAGUACGAUGUGGUGGUUAGGUACGCUCUUGCUGGCGUCGUAUGUGGACUUUCUGAGCUCCGAGUCGACAAGCGCACAUGCCAGGUCGGCAAGGUUCUACUUCAUCCUUUGCCCGUCGUGCUGCGCGCAACGGAUGGUGGCUUUCUCGGUGAUACACAGCACUUGACAAGCGGCGAUAUCAAGGGCAAAAGGCGGAGAGUGGAUCCUGAAGACGAAGCAGCCUGCUGCACGUUGGGCAUGGAACAUGAACCUCCCUUCGUGCAAUCGCGGUGCAGAACGCAUUCUCGUGAAGGCGCGUUGAGACGAUGCUCCAGUACAGACCCGCCGCCGACAAUGUUCAAGGAGCUCCUCGCAUGGGAUGUCUGCAUGCCAGAGAGCUCCAGACAAGCGAACAGUCAGACGAUUAUGCGCAAAGCACCAUCGAGUUCUUCGCGCCAACCGGUUCCGGAUGUCGACGUGGAUGAGCGGCAGGCGGCGUUGCUCGUCGAACUUCACUCGAAGGAAGCGCCGCGCAAUCUUUCAAAGCACGACAUUGGCGCGCGUCGUGAGAUGCUUCUCAAGAGGCUCAUGAGGGAAAGAGCCCUCGGGCUGCAAUCUUGGCGGGACAAGGGCCCCGUCGACCUCGGUCAGCCAUCGCGCGGGAGUUCUGGAGAUGCGUCAGCGGUGCGUUUAAGCGCCUCAGCGGGACUGCACGACGAGACGAGCGUGACAUGGCCUCCGCUGGUCCCAUCGGAGUCUGCCAAAUUCCACGAGCCUCAGCUAUCCUCUGGCUCGUCGAUGGACGGAGCAGCUCAUCAAGAUUUUAGUGCGACAAACAGCUCCGAUGCUGCGAGAGCUAGCCCGUCUGGAAAUUUGGAUCGGCUAGAUCUCGAGCAAGCCCUCGGGAAAAGGGCGUCAGAGGCCAGACUUCGACACGUACUGCUCUCUCGCCAGAGAUCUGUCAGCCUGAGUUGAUGCUGGUCCGGCAUCUGUCGCAGCUUGUACAUCAUGACGAGGUUUAUGUGUGCAGGUGCCCUUUUCAUAUUUCAUCUGCACUCUGAUUCGGAAUGACGUCAAUUUGUAGCACAACAUUAGCAUGGAGGAGGCAUCAUUAGAGCAACAGCUACAGUCAAGACUUUUAUCACCCGUGCAUGGAGGACUUUGUGGGAACCGUGUCAGAUAAGCCCUCGUGAACGUCGACGAGGGCGCCUAGAUAUGGAAAGCUGGGGCAUUGUCAAGGAUAAAACCAAUUUCCUGUUCUCUAUAAGUGUCCUCGAUGAUCGUCGUGUUGUAUGUGCCUUGCACCUGCAGCAAUCGCUUAGACUGCGCGUCGUAUCGAGGCCAUUCGGGAGCUCGACCAAGUAGGUUUUUGCCGUUGGGGUCUCCUGUAUGAGCGAAAUGGACGAGGGCGGAAGAGAAAAUGUCGGAUUGUCGAUCGAGAUCCUUUUGAGGUGCGUACUUGACCAGAGCUG